UAUUCUAAAUUGACUCCAUCUUGAUCCAUUAUUAUGAACAUGCUUCUGACAAAGAAGACGCAAAUAUGACCUGACACUGUGUGCUGGAGUGUUUACAUAUAUUGAAUGUGACGUUUCUCACACGUAGGCUACAUAUAGUGACGCAAUACACAUGAUUCUGACGUCACAGAAAGGCUGCGCCCAGCAACUACGUAUGCCACUGUGUAAAGCGUUCUUCAUCAAGUUAGUUCGUCAAUAUUGGUCUACAUCAGACGCAAAUGAGCGAAUUUACCACAACCACUUUUGCCUGACCAUGGACGUCAGAUCUCAUGUUCUCUAACAGAACCAGCUGUAGUAGCCAGGCUGCAACAGAGGACACAGUUCUUGGAACAGAGGCAGAAACUAGCCCUGGACAUGAAAUAACAGCUGAAUUAGUAGCUUUGCUCCCAUCAGCAGACAGACUAUCACCUCACUCUGUGGGUGUUGACUUUCAAAGUGUGGAGACACCUGCUCCUAAACCAUCAGCAAGUGAGGGCAUCAACUUUGCCCCAACACCAUCAGCAAGUGAGGGCAUCAACUUUGCCACAACACCAUCAGCAAGUGAGGGCAACAACUUUGCCACAACACCAUCAGCAAGUGAGGACAACAACUUUGCCCCAACACCAUCAGCUAGUGAGGGCAUCAACUUUGCCCCAACACCAUCAGCAAGUGAGGGCAACAACUUUGCCACAACACCAUCAGCAAGUGAGAGCACCAACUUUUCCCAAACACAAUCAGUGAGUGAGGGCAACAACUUUACCCUACCACCAUCAGCAAGUGAGGGCAUCAACUUUGCCACAACACCAUCAGCAAGUGAGGGCAACAACUUUGCCCCAACACCAUCAGUAAGUGAGGGCAUCAACUUUACCCCAACACCAUCAGCAAGUGAGAGCAAAAACUUUUCCCGAACACAAUCAGUGAGUGAGGGCAAAAACUUUACCCUACCACCAUCAGCAAGUGAGGGCAUCAACUUUGCCCCAACACCAUCAGCAAGUGAGGACAACAACUUUGCCCCAACACCAUCAGCAAGUGAGGACAACAACUUUGCCCCAACACCAUCAGCAAGUGAGGACAACAACUUUGCCCCAACACCAUCAGCAAGUGAGGACAACAACUUUGCCACAACACCAUCAGCAAGUGAGGUCAUCAACUUUGCCUGGACACAAUCAGUGAGUGAGGGCAACAACUUUACCCUACCACCAUCAGCAAGUGAGGGCAUCAACUUUGCCACAACACCAUCAGCAAGUGAGAGCACCAACUUUUCCCAAACACAAUCAGUGAGUGAGGGCAACAACUUUACCCUACCACCAUCAGCAAGUGAGGGCAUCAACUUUGCCACAACACCAUCAGCAAGUGAGGGCAACAACUUUGCCCCAACACCAUCAGUAAGUGAGGGCAUCAACUUUACCCCAACACCAUCAGCAAGUGAGGACAACAACUUUGCCCCAACACCAUCAGCAAGUGAGGACAACAACUUUGCCCCAACACCAUCAGCAAGUGAGGACAACAACUUUGCCCCAAAACCAUCAGCAAGUGAGGGCAUCAACUUUGCCCCAACACCAUCAGCAAGUGAGGGCAACAACUUUGCCACAACACCAUCAGCAAGUGAGGUCAUCAACUUUGCCUGGACAAAAUCAGUGAGUGAGGGCAACAACUUUACCCUACCACCAUCAGCAAGUGAGGGCAUCAACUUUGCCCCAACACCAUCAGCAAGUGAGGGCAUCAACUUUGCCCCAACACCAUCAGCUAGUGAGGGCAUCAACUUUGCCCCAACACCAUCAGCAAGUGAGGGCAUCAACUUUACCCCAACACCAUCAGCAAGUGAGAGCAACAACUUUGCCCCAAUACCAUCAGCAAGUGAGGGCAACAACUUUGCCACAACACCAUCAGCAAGUGAGGUCAUCAACUUUGCCUGGACACAAUCAGUGAGUGAGGGCAACAACUUUACCCUACCACCAUCAGCAAGUGAGGGCAUCAACUUUGCCCCAACACCAUCAGCAAGUGAGGGCAUCAACUUUGCCCCAACACCAUCAGCUAGUGAGGGCAUCAACUUUGCCCCAACACCAUCAGUAAGUGAGGGCAUCAACUUUACCCCAACACCAUCAGCAAGUGAGAGCAACAACUUAUCCCCAACACCAUCAGCAAGUGAGGGCAUCAACUUUACCCCAACACCAUCAGCAAGUGACUGCAUCAACUUUACCCCAACACAAUCAGUGAGUGAGGGCAACAACUUUACCCCAACACCAUCAGCAAAUGAGUGCAACAACUUUACACCAACACCAUCAGGAAGUGAGAGUGACAACUUUGCCCCAGCAACUUCAGUAAGUGAGAGUGACAACUUUGCCCCAGCAACAUCAGCAAAUGAGGGCAACAACUUUACUCCAACACCAUCAGGAAGUGAGAGUGACAACUUUGCCCCAACACUAUUAGCAACCAAGAGCACACUAUGUGUUGCUGCGACAAAAGCAUGUGAGAACACCACACACGACACUGCACCUAAAGCAGCUUUCAGAAUUAAACUUGUUGCCAAACGAAAAGCAUCUGCCUGCAACACAAAUGUCUUUUCAAAAAAAUCAUGUGACAGUAAUACACAUGAAGUUUCACACAAAUCAACAGUUAAGAAAUGUAUUGCCAUCAAAAGAAGAGCAGUUAUGGACAGUAGGUGUGCUAAAUUUCCAACUGAAAGUGACAGUUGUGAGAGCAUAUCAUAUGAUGCCCCAACAGAAUCGGGAAAUGAGAACCUUGCAUAUGGCCCUACGCAAUCAGCAAGUGAGGGCAACAAUUAUGUCCCAACACCUUCAGCAGGUCAGAGCAUUACAUAUGCCCCUACACCAUCAGGAAGUGAGAGCAACAACUUUGCCCCUACACCAUCAGGAAGUCAGAGCAACAACUUUACCACAACAGCAUCAGGGAGUGAGGGCAACAAUUAUGUCCCAACACCUUCAGCAAGUCAGAGCAUUACAUAUGCCCCUACACCAUCAGGAAGUGAGAGCAACAACUUUGCCCCUUCACCAUCAGGAAGUGAGAGUGACAACUGCACACCAACACUGUUAGCAACCAAGAGCAUACUAUGUGUUGCUGCAGCAAAAGCAUGUGAGAACACCACACAAGACACAGCGCCAAAAACAGCUUUCAGAACUAUACUUGUUGCCAAACGAAAAGCAACUGGCCACACCACAAAUGUCAUUUCAAUAACAUCGUGUGACAAUAAUACACAUGAAGCUUCACCAAAAUCAACAGUCAAGAAAAGUAUUGCCAUCAAAAGAAAAGCAGUUAUGGACAGUAGGUGUGCUAAAUUUCCAACUGAAAGUGACAGCUGUGAUAGCAUCACAUAUGAUGCCCCAACAUCAUCAGCGAGCAAGAACAAAGACUUUGCCCCACCAAAAUCAGCAAGUGAGGGUAACAACUUUGCCACAACACCAUCACCAAAUAAGGGCAACAACUUUGCCCAGACACCAUCAGCAAGUGAGGACAAGAACUUUGCCCCAACACCAUCAGCAAGUGAGGGCAACAACUACAUCCCUAGACCAUCAGUAAGUGAGGGCAACAACUUUGCCACAACACCAUCAGUAAGUGAGGGCAACAACUUCAUCCUUACACCAUCAGCAAGGAAGGGCAACAACUUUGCCCCAACACCAUCAGUAAGUGAGGGCAACAAUUUUACCCCAACACCAUCAGUGAGUGAGGGCAACAAUUUUACCCCAACACCAUCAGUGAGUGAGGGCAACAAUUUUACCCCAACACCAUCAAGUGAGGGCAACAGCUUUACCCCAACACAAUUAGCAAGUGAAGGCAACAACAUUGUUCCAACACCAUCCGCAAGUGAGGGCAACAGCUUUGCCCCAACACAAUCAGCAAGUAAGGGCAACUGCUUUGCCACUACACAAUCAGCAAAAUUAGUCAUCAGAACCAUACAUGUUGACAAGCGAAAAGCUGCUGAGAGCCCAACACUUGCCACCUCACAAAUAGUAAAUGAGAGUACAAGAAGUGGAGUCACAAUAAAAGCAGUUGACCGUUGCACACACACCAGUUCACCAAAAACAAAAGUGAACAUGGUAAAUGAAGGCAUAUCAAAACCAGCUGCUAUCUCAAGAAUAGCUGUCAAAAGAAAGGGUGUUCUCACCCCUAGGUUCACCACAACAGUCAGCAAAGGCUUCACAUGUGCUUCAUCACCAUGUUCCGGUGACAGUGCAACAUAUGACCCUUCACCAGCUUCAAGUGAGAGCAACAACCAUGACAAUACACCAUCAGCAACUGAGAGCGUCGACUAUGAAAGUAACAACACCGAACAGGACAGUGCACCAAAUUUACAAGCAGUUAAACUUACUACACUUGCCAGCUCACAUAGAGGGCUUGUCAGUUACAGAAGUGUUGCCUUACCAAAAGCAGCUGUCAGAGACAUGUGUAUGACUUCACCAAAGGCAGCUGUCAAUUGUAUGAUUGAUCCACCAAGAGCAGUUGUAAGCUACACAAAUUUUGCCUCACUAAAAGAAGCAGUCAGGCACACAUGUGUCACCACAGAAAUGAUAACCAUGCAAGCAGCAGAGCAAAAAACAAGUGACAGCUCCAAGCUUGCAUACUCACCAACUGCAUAUAACAGCAUUAAACAGGGAGCGAUAACAAAACUAGGUGUCUACUGUACUGCUAAAAGAAGAGAAAGAGCUCUUGGCACCAUUCAUACCAUCUCACCAAAAGCAUCUGUAAGCACAACUCAUGCUGCCUCACCAGAAACAGCUGUUAGACAGACAUGUGCCACCUCAAAAGAGUCAGCUGUCAGCACUGCAUUUAACACCUCACCAGAAGCAGCUGCAGUUACCACAUGUCCCACCUCGCAAAAAGCAGCUGUAAUCACCACAUGUUCUGCCUCACCAAAAGCAGCUGUAAUCACCACAUGUUCUGCCUCACCAAAAGCAGCUGUCAUCACCACAUGUUCCGCAUCACAAAAAGCAGCUGUCAGCACCACAUGUUCUGCCUCACCAAAAGCAGCUGUCAUCACCACAUGUUCUGCCUCACCAAAAGCAGCUGUCAGAACCACCUAUGCUGCCUCACCAAAAGCAGAUGUCAGCAGCUCUUAUUCUGAAAAAACAGCAAGUGACAGCAUUGCAGAAGAGGAACUGUCCAAGGGGGUUUCUGCAAGUAAAAAGACAAGCAUUCCCAAUCGGCUUCGCCGGGCACUGUCAAGAAUCUUGCGCCCAUUUAGAUCCUGCUUUGGACACAAGUAAAUUCCAUGAUAAACAUAUCGUCAUGGUAGCAGCACAACAAUAACCAAGUCAAGCCAUGUGUGUUGGGUAAGUGAAGACUAUACAGGUGUGUUGACCAUGAAUUCCUAAAAUAUAAGUUUAAAUCUGUUGGAGGAAGGGUUUAGGUGUAGGACAAGUGUGUGAUGAGAGGGUUGAGUUGUAGGAAAGUUGAUAAAAUGAAGAGUUGGGUGACUUUUAUUUUACGAAAAUGUUUGAUGUUUUUUCAUUAUGACAAAAAGUACCUGUAUCUUCUCUGUCAUUACUAUUAAUAUAAUAUUAAUAAAUGAUUAUUGAAUGUAACCAACAUUAUUUUAAUGACAAAUGGUUCCAGUACUUUAAAUAUGUCAUUGCUAUUAAUAUCAUGUAAACUAAUAAUUAUUAUAUAUAACCAACAUUACUUACAUGACAAAGGUUAUAUGUUCUUUAUAUAUGUCAUUGCUAUUAAUAUAAUAUAUACUAAUAAUUAUUCAAUAUCAGAACAUUAUUUAUAUGAUAAGUGUUACAUGUAAUUUAUAUAUGUCAUUGCUAUGAAUAUAUUAUUAAUUAAUGAUUACUGAAUGUAACUAACAUUAUUUAUAUGACAAAUGGUAGAUGUAAUUUAUAUAUGUCAUUGCUAUUCAUAUAAUAUAUACUAAUAAUUAUUUAAUAUAACCAACAUUAUUUAAAUGACAAAUGGUACUGGUACUUUAUUCAUGUCAUUGUUCUUAAUAUUAUAUACAUUAAUAAUUAUUCAAUAUAACCAACAUAAUUUAUAUGACAAAUGGUACCUGUACUUUAUAUAAGUCAUUGCUAUUUAUAUUAUAUACAUUAAUAAUUAUUCCAUAUAACCAACAUAAUUUAUAUG